ACCGUUUCCGAGUAAGGCGACGUGAAACUCUCCUUGAUGUGCGAGGCAAUCUUUUCUGAUGACAUUUCUACCACUCGAACAUGAAGUCUGUCAAAAAUGCGCGUGAGGUCUCUGAGGCCUCGAGGAGACUUGCAAGCAAGCAGGAAGGCAGCCGCUAUUUCGGCACAUUCCGCACUAGUUCACCCUGUUCCCUCAUCUACCUCCCAUCAUUGUAACUUACCACCAUUAUGAUCAAGAUAUGGAGUAUGAAGAAGAAUGAGGACGCUGCAACCAAGAAGCGACCGAAGACAAGUGCUGCACAGAUACGAGUGCAGAAAGAUCUGACCGAACUUGACCUUCCUUCCACGAUGAAGACUGACUUCCCGGACCCCACCGACCUCCUGAACUUCACUCUCACCAUCACCCCUGAUGAAGGCAUGUACAAGAGUGGCGCUUUCACUUUCUCAUUUACUAUCAACACCAACUAUCCACACGAACCACCCAAGGUCAAGUGCAUGCAAACGAUAUACCAUCCAAACGUUGACCUCGAGGGAAACGUGUGUUUGAAUAUUCUCCGAGAAGACUGGAAACCUGUCCUAAAUUUGAACUCGGUCAUGGUCGGCUUACAAUACCUUUUCUUGGAGCCUAAUGCAGAUGAUCCAUUAAAUAAAGAGGCAGCAGAAGAACUACGAAAGAAUCGCGAACAAUUCCUGUAUAAUGUUAAGACAUCCAUGCGCGGUGGUGUUAUCAAGGGUGUGACAUAUAACAAGGUCCUUAUAUGAUGUUUGUUAGAUGCGUGUAGACGUUUUCAUCUGUUCACCAUGAUCCUUGUUUUCCACU